UGCGGACACAACAACUUUCUGGAGACUCGGAUCCGUUUUCAAGCCGAAUUCCCCUCUGGUGGGGUUGUGUUGCAAGUGCCCGGGAGCCGGCUCAAAACGAUGGCCGGCCGGACAAACUGUUCGCCCACGCCGCCAGCCUUGACGAUUCAAACACACCAAGACCGUGCGAUAUGUCUCUUGUACUCGAGUUGACACAAUGGUGUUUUCUGAAGCCGGGGCAUAAUCCCUACCGAUGGCGCCAAGGCUGGAAAGGAGCAACCGCUCUAGACCAAGCGGUGGCCUCCCACUUCAGACGGAAUUCGGAGCAAGACGGACAUAUCAAGACAAUACCGGUCAAGAACCUCCUUACUAGGACAGGUGUUGAACAGGAUGGCUCCAUUUGCACUUGGGAGGCUGCAACUGCAUGUACAUGCACACAACCGCAGUUCGGCACAUCCGUCCGGUGAGUCCUAUGAGGCAAAGAGACCCUCGCCAAUCAUCGCAUUUGCCGAAGGUCAAGGGGCUGAACGGCGCGGGGAAUUCUGUGACGCGGCGAGGUAGCAUCUCAGGAAUAUAUCGAUCGUAGAUUCACGAACACUUUUGAGCCACCUUUUUUCUUAUUUUACUUUUCCAGCAAAUAAGUGCUUGAAUCCUACCGCUAUUUCGACAACGCCCUGACAACAAUAACACACGAUAGCAGUAGCAACUUUCGCCAAAUGGAUCUUUUUAGGACCUUACCUGUCCGCUCCAUUUCGGUUGUCUCCCUGACGACUGCGUAUCUGGCGUCAUCAGGCAAACUACCCAUAUGGCCCCAAUGGAGCCUGGUACCGUCAUUCCUAGCUCUUUGGAGUCUUCAAUUCUCCUUCUGGCUUAUAUGGGUUCUCUUUCUCUACAAUAGUCUGUUUUCUCCCUUUCAAGACUUGCCCACGCCUGACGGCAAACAUUGGCUCUUUGGCCAUUUCCCCAUCAUCAAGAAGUUUCCGACUGGGAAACCUAUGAUUGAGUGGGUGAACACACUCCCGAAUGACGGCCUGAUCAGAUAUUUUGGUCUCUUCAACCAAGAGAGGCUGCUCCCUACAAACCCCAAGGUAUUGACCGAGCUUCUUACCACCAAAAACUAUGACUUCCAAAAGCCCUCUUCAUGGCGAUGGCUCAUCGGCCGUAUGCUCGGUGUCGGGCUUUUGUUGGCUGAAGGUGACGAACAUAAAGUGCAGCGGAGGAAUCUGAAUCCAGCAUUCCACUUCCGCCACAUCAAGAAUCUGUAUCCUAUUUUUUGGAGUAAAUCCAAGGAGGGUGUAGAGGCCUUGACCAAGAAAGUCCUGAGCGAGAAGAAGUCCAAUGGGCCAUCGGGACCCAAGGACCAAGAAGGAAGCCGUACGGCUGUCGUCGAGGUCGGAAACUGGGCCUCUAGAAUUGCACUCGACAUUAUCGGAGUCACCGGUCUCGGUCGUGACUUUGGCGCCAUCUCAGAUCCAGGGAACGAACUCAACCAGACCUACCAAAAUCUGUUUUCUCCCAGCAAGCAAAGCCAAACGCUCGGUAUGCUUAACCUCAUCUUCCCAGCCCGUCUAGUCCAACUCCUUCCUGUUCAACGCAACGCAGACAUUUUGGAAGCCGCCCGCUAUAUAAGGAACGUCUGCCACGACCUCAUCCGAGCCAAGAAAGAAAAGCAAGAACGGAAAGAGUCCCUCGGCGACGACAUCCUCUCCACCGCCAUCGAAUCCGGUGCUUUCAGCGACGAUAACCUUGUUGACCAACUCAUGACCUUCCUCGCUGCCGGCCACGAAACCACCGCGUCUGCCAUGACAUGGGCCAUCUACCUCCUUUCCAAGAACCCCGAGAUCCAAUCCCGCCUCCGCGCCGAAGUCCGUUCCCGCCUCCCCUCCCUUGCAGAUGAUUCCUCCCAAGAAAUCACCAGCGUCGACAUCGACUCCAUGACCUAUCUCAACGCGGUUUGCUCUGAAGUCCUUCGGUAUUUCCCCCCUGCUCCCGUCACCAUCCGGGUAGCUGCCUGCGACACCUCGAUCCAGGGCCGGCACAUACCCAAGGGAACUCAGUUCAUGAUCAUCCCUUGGGCUAUCAACAAGUCCGAAGCCCUUUGGGGGCCUGACGCAAGGGAGUUCAACCCUGACCGCUGGGUGCCAAAGGACGAGACGGAUAAGAGUGCUGCCAGUGGAGGGGCGACGUCGAACUAUGCGUUCCUGACUUUCUUGCACGGGCCGAGGAGUUGUAUCGGGCAGCAGUUUGCCAAGGCGGAGUUUGCGUGUAUGUUGGCUACGUGGGUUGGGAGGUUCGAGAUGGAGCUGGAGAAAAAGGAGGAGGAGGAUGAGGAGAAGAUUAGUAUCAAGAGCACGCUCACGGCGAGGCCGGAGAAGGGGUUGUUUGUGAGGUUAAAGGUGUUGGACGGGUGGUAGAUUGGCUUUGCCUUUUGUCUUUCACGAGGGUCGGAAGUAAUUUGUGAUAGCUGAAGUUUUCUAUUUGUUGAAUUUUGGGUUAUAUUUCUCUGAAGCGUGGAUAGUGGGUGCAAUAGCCAGGCCAUAUCCUUUUAAACCUACCUUGGUCAUAUAUCUUUGAUGUCAGGGCUCCAUCUCUUUAUCACUUGGACCCUGCCUCGGAUCAUGUCAAGAAAUAGUUACAACAGCCAACCCAUCUACCUUCUUCGCCAACUUAUCCGCCCCAUUCAACACCGCACUACAGUUUGACUCUGCUUACUACUCGCACAUUCAACGCCAGAUGCUUAUCAAACAAAUUCACCUGCCUCAACACAACCUUCAACAUUUCCAUCAACAUUAAGCCCCAACCCCGGUGCCUUUUGCCCACGUACACAAGUGCCUCUCGACUUACACCGACACAGGUAUCAUACCACAUGUCAUAACACACUACAGUCACCUUCAUAAUAAGAGACACGCAUAUGGUCACAUC